CACCAAUGAGUGAGGAGGGAGGGAGAGGCUCCGCGGCUGAGAGGAGGAGCCACAGACUGCUGGGGUGGAGCUAGUCCUCCGCCGGCUCCCUGCGGGAAAGUACUUUCUCUGCACGUGGAAAUCUCCGUUAUUUUCUAACACCCAAGACUGGGGUGAUGAGACUAGUAGGGUUAACGUCACUUCUGUCCCAGAGGAUGUAAACUUUGUAUGGCCCUCUUCACAUGCUUUCCCCCGGCCGUCACCACUUGGUACGCUCCAACCUAUGAUCUGCUCUUGCCGCGGAAAAGGGAGCCGGUCAGCGAGCCUCUGUAGAACGGGAGUGGCCUCCAACGCGCGCCACUUUUCGCCUCUUCUGGAACAGCGCCCGCGCACGGGGGUGAGGGGGGACGGCCUGUGUCUCUGCGCCUGCGCGGCGGGAAGUCUCAGGGGUAUAGCCUGCUUCCAGAGUCGAAGUUGCUCCUGCGUGGCAGAGACCUCGGGGGUUCGGUGGCGGCAGGCUGUGUUGCUAGCGGAGAGCGCGUGUGGGCGCCCGGGAAUACUAGUCCUGGCCGGGGGGUGUGUCUGUGGGCCGCCUUCCCUUCCCCCCCACGUGAGCCUCUGUGACCACUCCUCUUUUCCAGAGUCUUUCCUCUCUUCCCGGCGCGGCCGCUGCCCCCAGGCCACGCAGAAUAAUGGCGACAGCUGAGGUACUGAAUAUUGGUAAGAAACUCUAUGAGGGUAAAACAAAAGAAGUCUAUGAAUUGCCAGAUAGUCCAGGAAAAGUCCUCCUGCAGUCCAAGGACCAGAUAACAGCAGGAAAUGCAGCCAGAAAGAAUCACCUGGAAGGAAAAGCUGCAAUCUCAAAUAAAACUACCAGUUGUAUUUUUCAGUUGUUAAAGGAAGCAGGUAUCAAAACUGCUUUCACCAGAAAAUGUGGGGAGACAGCUUUCAUUGCACCUAAGUGUGAAAUGAUUCCAGUUGAAUGGGUCUGUAGAAGAAUAGCAACUGGUUCUUUUCUCAAAAGAAAUCCUGGUGUCAAGGAGGGAUAUAAGUUUUACCCACCUAAAGUGGAGCUGUUUUUCAAGGAUGAUGCCAACAAUGAUCCACAGUGGUCUGAGGAACAGCUAAUUGCUGCAAAAUUUUGCUUUGCUGGACUUGUUAUAGGCCAGACUGAAGUGGAUAUCAUGAGUCAUGCUACACAGGCUAUUUUUGAAAUAUUGGAGAAAUCCUGGUUGCCCCAGAACUGUACAUUGGUUGAUAUGAAGAUUGAAUUUGGUGUUGAUAUAACCACCAAAGAGAUUGUUCUUGCUGAUGUUAUUGAUAAUGAUUCCUGGAGACUCUGGCCAUCAGGAGAUCGAAGCCAACAGAAAGAUAAACAGUCAUAUCGUGACCUAAAGGAAGUAACUCCCGAAGGGCUCCAGAUGGUGAAGAAAAAUUUUGAGUGGGUUGCAGAAAGAGUGGAGUUGCUUCUGAAAUCAGAAAGUCAGUGCAGAGUUGUAGUAUUGAUGGGCUCAACUUCUGAUCUCAGUCACUGUGAAAAAAUAAAGAAGGCUUGUGGAAAUUUUGGCAUUCCAUGUGAACUUCGGGUAACGUCUGCCCAUAAAGGGCCAGAUGAAACUCUGAGGAUUAAAGCAGAGUAUGAAGGUCUUGGCUGUUCAACCAUACUUUCUCCAGAAGGAUCAGCUCAGUUUGCUGCUCAGAUAUUUGGAUUAAACAACCAUUUGGUAUGGGCUAAACUGCGAGCAAGUAUAUUGAACACAUGGAUUUCCUUGAAGCAGGCUGACAAGAAAAUCCGAGAGGGCAAUUUGUAAAACAUCAUUGCUUUUUUUGUUGUUGUUGUUAAGAAAGACUUUACAUUUCUUGUUUAGUUUCAGAAAAAGAUCAAGGUGAAAGUUUUUAAAUCAAAGAAAACAAUUUUUAAAUCAAAGAAAACAAAAUUUACUAGUGAAUAAGGGCUUCUCUAGAUUGAUGGAUCAGUAGACUAUGGACAUAUUAAUAUUUCUUUAUAGGAAGUAAAAUUACUAUAAGGACACUUUUAAAAUCUCUUAGCUACUGUGUAGUCACAAGUAGAUAACAAAUACAUUUCUUAAAUGCUAAUAAUGUCCUAUUAUAGAGCUCUAAACUACUAUUUGACCAUCUGUAUCUCAACCCAUAAGUUUUAAAAAGUUAAAAUGUUUGUAUCUUAGAGUGAUAAGAGCAAUAUAGUCCUCUUUUACAUUAUGAUCUUUACAAAAUCCUAAGGGUGUGGUGUUUUAUUUGCAGUCAGUAUCUCAAAAUAGAUGUGUAUUUAUCCCCACCUAUAGACCAAGAUCCUGUUUUGUUCUGCUUUUAUUUGUUUGUUUAGAGUUGAAAUGGGUGUUGGGGGUAGGGAAGACACAUGAAAUAAGAUGAAGGGAUAUUGUGGAAACCAUAGAUAGGGGCCUUUUCCAAGAGCUUCUCUGAUGGAUGUCAGGGCAAUUUCCCAUGGAGGAAAAAAAAAAAGGUA